AUGUCGGCAGCAUUCAAAACGUUAUCUGCAAAGGCUGCAGCUCAACUUGAUAAAGAGUUGAUGUCAACUGGCGCAUUUUCCAUUGACCAAUUGAUGGAACUUGCGGGUUUAGCGGUUGCAAAAGCAAUCUACAAACAAUACCCUCCUCAAAAACCCACACUGCCUUUGCAAAAAGUGUUGGUUUUAGUUGGCCCCGGAAACAAUGGUGGAGAUGGAUUAGUUGCUGCUCGUCAUUUAAAAACAUGGGGUGCUUAUGAACCAAUCAUUUACUAUCCCAAAAAAUCAACAAAGAGUGACCUCAUUAAUCGUCUAGUGGAACAGUUGCACAACUUGGAGAUAGGCGAAGUAUCCACAUUGGAUGAAAUAAAACAGUUGCUUAACAACAAAGGUGAAGUGGGUGUAAUCUUGGAUGCUAUUUUUGGUUUCUCAUUCAAACCACCGAUUAGAGAACCAUUCAAAGAUGUCAUUGGCUACAUAUCUCAAAAUCAUGACUCAUUACCACCAGUGUUUUCAGUGGACAUUCCCUCAGGAUGGGACGUUGAUGAAGGACCUACUGAUAUCGAUAUCCACGCCGCCGCAUUGAUUAGUUUGACAGCACCAAAACCCUGUGCUGAACGGUUCAUCAAAAGUGGUCCCAACAAGGUACACUACUUGGGUGGACGUUUUAUCAGUCCUGCAAUUGCGAAAAAAUAUGGAAUUGAAGACAUUUUGGAUAAGUAUAAAGGAGAUGAAUUGAUUACUAAGCUAUAA